AUGAGUCAAAUGAACAGUAACCCCGCUGUUGCGUUACAUAACCCGUACUUUGAACAGAAACAAGGAUCAAAGGAUGUUUGGUCCUUGAUCAACGAGACUGCCGCUGCUGCACAAGCCGAAUCCGGUAAGCCAAUAGUUAACUUGGGCCAGGGGUUCUUCUCCUAUAACCCCCCUGACUUUGCCAUUGACUCAGUGAUCCACGCAUUGAAGUCCGGCUUCAACCAAUAUGCUCCGGCCAAAGGGAACCCCAACUUGUUGAAGCAAUUGACUCAGCACUAUUCUGAAGAGCUCGGUAGACCCGUCCAGACCAAUGAGAUUGCCAUUACCACUGGAGCCAACGAAGGGAUGUUUUCGGUGUUCUUUGGGUUCCUUACACCGGGAGACGAAGCCAUAGUGUUUGAUCCCUUUUUCGACCAGUACAUCCCCAACAUUGAGAUGACCGGAGCCAGAGUCCGAUACGUCGAGUUGAAGUUCCCGGACAAGUUCAACACUGAGAAUGUAACCGGUGAUGAUUGGACCGUUGACUGGGAGGGCUUGGAGACGGCCAUCAACUCCAAGACAAAGCUAAUUGUCAUUAAUACUCCUCACAAUCCGAUAGGUAAGAUUUUUAACGAGCAAGAGUUAAAACGCAUUGGUGAGUUGGCCAUUAAACACAACUUGAUCGUCGUGUCUGAUGAGGUGUACGAGAACUUGUACUUUGGAGCCGAAUUCCCCAGACCUGCUACAUUGAAGUCGUUGCCAGAGUUGGCGAAAAGAACAUUGACCAUUGGCUCCGCCGGUAAGUCGUUUGCAGCUACGGGCUGGAGGGUUGGCUGGGUUCAUGGACCUGCUGAAUUGGUUCAAUAUGUCAUUGCUGCCCAUACGAGAAUCUGUUUCUCCACUCCUGCCCCCUUACAACAAGCCGUGGCCGAGGGAUUCGAACAAGCUAAGAGUAACAACUACUUUGAGAACACGAGACGUGAUUAUAUCAAGAAAUACGAGAUCUUCAAUAAGGUCUUCGACGACUUGGGAUUGCCAUAUACCUUUGCUCAAGGUGGGUACUUUUUAUUGGUCAACUUGCUGAGUGUUAAGGUUCCAAAGGACUAUGUGUACCCUCAAGAGAUCUUGGAUAAGGGCACUGACGACUACAAGUUGGCAUAUUGGUUGAUUAAAGAGAUCGGAGUCGUGGGCAUUCCUCCCACUGAGUUUGUUGUGCCUUCAAAGAGAGUAGCCCAUGGGUUGGAGAAGUGCUUGAGAUUCGCUGUUUGUAAGGACGAUAGUAUCUUAGAAGAAGCCGUUGAACGUUUGAAGAAGUUGAAGGACUAUUUAUAA